AUGGAACACAACAACAAUCGCGAGGACAAGAAGUCCUCCAAGGGAAAGAAGCCCAACCGCAGACCGUGGGAAAAACGAUCCACCUGCCGCCACUUCCUCGAGGCCCGUUGCACCUACGGCAAAGCAAACUGCAACUUCCCCCACAGAGAGGAGGAACUCAGACCCGAGAUGGUGGAAGCCGCGUUCCAUCAGGAGGAGGAAGUCGCGCUGGCGGAGGCGAGGUAUAACAACGCCGUCUACAGCAGCCAUGUGACGUACAAUAGCGGGUUGUGCGUCAACGGCCACUACGUCAACCACGGCCAUUACACCAGCAACGGCCACCACACCAACAACGGCGCACACAAUCACCAUCGGCAGCAGCAGCACCAGCAAGCGUCGCCGCUGCCUCAGUGGGUGGGAUGUCACAUCCCCAAUCCCAUGCCCGAUACCCUGGGCCGGCCGACGUUCGACGGUACGCAGGCGGAGUCGACGUCGUACUUGGACUCGCCGCUGCCGCCGUACGUUGGGCCCUCGAGCCUCGCCGGGCCUUCACACCCGGUCCACCCGCCGCCGGGAAACGGUCCCCUGGGGCCCUACUACGACCCCCCGUACCACGUCUCUCACGUCGGGCACGGCUAUGCCGGCCCUUCUUUCCCGCCGCCCGAUCCCAUGGGCGUGAACUGGCAACCCACUCACCUUUACCCCGACCACCAUCACCACCACUACCAGCCCAGACCCGUCAGCCCGCCUCCUGGCUUCGGCACGGGCCCGUCAAACGUCCUCGCGCCCUCUCCGGGCUUCGGACCCGGACCCGGGUCGGUGGACUACCCCCUUUCCCCCUCCCUUGCGCCCCCUAACCCUCACCAUAGCUCAGGGCUUGAGCUCGCGCCUGCCGAGGCCUCCUUCUCGCCGGCACCUGAACAGGCCCCUGUCCCUAAUACAGCUCCUGCCGCAGUAGUUGCAGGAGCCCAAGACCCCAGCACCAUACAAUGCUGGUACGGUCUUGGCUGCAAGAGGCCGGGGUGUCAUUUCCGGCACGAUGGCGGCCGGGACGGGCACGUCGAUAAUGGAGAGGCCAGCGGCAGCGGCAGUGCCAACGCUAAUGGCGACGGCGACGAGGGCUACGAGGGCGACGGCGACGACGUGAGCAUGAGCGAGUCAUCUGGCUCCAUGUACGGCCCGCCCCUUCCCGCGAGCGAACAGUCCUACGGGGCAGCCACACCUCAGUCGUCGCCACGGCAGCUACCUGAUUCCGUUGCCGGCGAUGUCACCCCUCCUUCCCCGGAACAUACCUCCGAAGAGUACUCUGCGGAGGAAGGGGAUGCAGAACAGCCUGCCGCAGAAGAGGAGACUCCCAAGGCGAAGCACCCCGAGGAGGAGAGUCCUCAAGACGAGGAAGGAGGGCAGCUCUCCACCGUGGAGGAAACUCCCGAGGAGCUGCUCUCUGAGGAGCACUCCUCCCAAGAGGAGCCAGCAGAGCCUCCGCCCUCGUCCGGGGAGAAGAAGGAAGAAAAGGAGACUUCUGCUGCUGCUCCCCAGCAGCCUGCCGCCAGACGUCCCGGGCCUGUGAUCGUCGACGGACGAAGCGCCCGGGGCUUAGGCUUGGUCAAGGUCCAGGGCAAGCAGGAGUCUGUCUGA